GAAGCAGACAGAGACGGUCUGACAAACCAGACUCCAAGACUGAUCCUUCCAGAAUGUCAGUGGUCACGCCAAGAUCUCUGGCAUCACCUCGGAAGGGCGAUCUCGUCUGCCCGAGUUGUAACAGAACGAUAUCGCUACUCCAAUCCCUCCACUCCGCAUACACACAAACCCAAUGUCUGUGUUCACACUAGUUCGGCGCUUGCUCUUUUCAGUUGGUGGAGCGACUGGGAGCCUCAUUUCUACAGUUCUCCUCACCUGAGCCCGUCCGCCUUGCCGGCUCGUUGCUCCAGCGACUCGCAACAACAAGUAGCCGACUAUUUAGCCCUGCUGCUUGUCGUCAUGGCUCCAGUUGCUAUGCUGAUCAACCGCCAUUUCAUCACCUCUUCAGGCAGAGUGACCUACAUGUCUGGACAGGCCUCAAACUCUACCGUCUGA